UCUAGAAAAACCCUAACCAGGGAGAAGAAAAAGAACCCGAGUUCCCGCCGUCGUCAAAGCUCUCUGUCCACAGCCAUGAAGUUUAACAUCGCUAACCCCACAACGGGGUGCCAGAAGAAGCUGGAAAUCGAUGACGAUCAGAAGCUGCGUGCCUUCUUUGACAAGAGAAUCUCCCAGGAAGUCAGUGGUGAUGCACUCGGAGAGGAAUUCAAGGGCUAUGUCUUCAAGAUCAUGGGAGGUUGUGACAAGCAGGGUUUCCCUAUGAAGCAGGGUGUCUUGAACCCAGGCCGGGUCCGCCUUUUGCUUACCCGAGGGACCCCUUGCUUCCGUGGAUAUGGAAGGCGCAAUGGGGAGCGCAGAAGGAAGUCAGUGCGAGGUUGCAUUGUUAGCCAGGACCUCUCUGUUCUCAACUUGGUCAUUGUGAAGAAAGGUGAGAACGAUCUCCCUGGGUUGACCGACACAGAGAAGCCCAGAAUGAGGGGACCCAAGAGGGCAUCUAAGAUCCGCAAGCUCUUCAAUCUAUCCAAAGAUGAUGAUGUCAGGAAGUAUGUCAACACCUACCGCCGAACUUUCACCCGCAAAAAUGGGAAGGAAGCAAGCAAGGCUCCUAAAAUUCAGAGGUUGGUGACUCCAUUGACUCUUCAAAGGAAGAGAGCCAGACUUGCAGAGAAGAAGAAGAGAGUUGCAAAGGCCAAUGCUGAUGCUGCUGAGUACCAGAAGCUUCUUGCAUCAAGAUUGAAGGAGCAGAGAGAUCGCAGGAGCGAGAGCUUAGCCAAGAAGAGGUCCAGGUUGUCUGCUGCUUCCAAGCCCUCUGUGAUUGCUUAAAGAGAGGACCGGUUUUGUAUGUCCCAAUAUGUGGCUCCUUGAAGUUCUUAAUUUUUGAAUGAGGUGUCUGAUUGUUAUGAUCAGUCGGUAGGCAUGAGAUUUGAUCUUUACUAAAGAGUUGGAACUUGC